AUGUCUUUUAACAACACUCAGUAUAACAGCACAUUUGCUGAGGAUGAUGCGGGAACUGUUGAGAUGAAAGCAGUGUCCUUUUACACACCUCUGAUCUACGUUUCGAUCUUGGUUAUAUCGCUAACUGUGUUUGCCUCACAUUACCGGAAGAAAACAGUGAAAGAGCUGAGUGAGCUGCCAUCUAUGUUUGACGAGUCAGUCGCUAGAGAUCUAUAUUUUGAGCUGAAGCAAAUGAAUGAUACGGGCGACGCCAAAGUUCACGAAAAAGUGUUGAAAGCUGCACUUCUCAAUCGUGGAGCUGAGGCCAUCAGAAGAACGCUAAAGCUCAAGGAAAGCGAACCACAGGUAACAAUGCUAUACAAGAAUGGCUGUGUCGGAGAAGAGUACUGGAAACGGUAUCAAAACGAGGUAAAGUUGGUGGAUUUGGAGUUCAAAGAUGCCAUUCAAGAAGCUGAAAGGCUGCAACCCGGUUGGCCUCAACUAUACGUUGCCGUUAGCAAAGAAAUCUGUUUCAACCAAGCUCUGAAAAGACGCUUUCAGGCCAUUUUGCUGCGGAAGGAGGUUUUUUCGGAGCAGUGGCAGCUCAAGUUUGAUAGUACGGGCAAGCUAAUUGAGUAA